AUGGCUGAGGAAUUCCCCAACCCAAUAGCAAGGGAGUCAAUGGAGGUGAUCAAGCAUCCGGAGAGCUUUAGGUCUUUCAAGCAUCCAAAGGGGUCUAAAAAGGGAGACAAAAUGGAAGGCAUCCAGAAGGUGAAGCAAUACCUUCAACGUUAUGGAUACCUGAGCUCUACCCAUUAUUCCCAAACCAACACUGAUGAGUUUGAUGAUGCCUUGGAGUCUGCCAUUAAAGUCUUCCAGACCUUUUACCAUCUGAACCACAUCGAAAUCCUAGACAUUCUUGAGUCUCUGACAGCCACGCAGAUGUCCAGGCCAAGAUGUGGCAUCCUAGACCACCCCUCUGGCUCAAACACUAUCAACCCUCAUGGCCAUCACCAUCUCAAUAUAGGCACCCAUUAUGCUUUCUACCCAGGAGACGCGAAAUGGGGGUUUUUUUAA